AUGGUGGUACCUCUACAAGGUUUCCAAACAAUAAAUGACCAAGCGGAAAUGGAUUAUUGGCAAGACCAAAUGAAAAACGAUGAACUUUUCGUUCAAUUUAUGAUCGAAAUUUUCAAGAAGAAACAGCUGGAAGCACAACGUGGAAGAAGAAACAAUUGUAUGACUCAUCCUACACUAAUACCAAACACAUCAUCGCCUCCAACUGCACAAGAACCAACUAUUGACAUCUUGCAAUUCAUGCCAAAGACAGUUCCAAAAACUACUGUGUCCACAUCGCAAAACCCCAGUUUUCUGGAAUACAAUUCAGAAUUUACAAGGAUAGCAACAUUAACAUGCUGGUCAUGCACAAAACAGUUUAAAUAUGCCCAAUAUCCAAUGUGUAAUGUUGCUAAUAUUUGGAAAGGAACAGAUUAUCAAUGUGGACAGAAACGAACAUGUUUCAAAUUUAAGAAAUCCUUUCAACACAUGAAUUGUCCGCAUUGCACUGAAACAAAUUAUCUUUCCAAUGAAACCUAUUACCAGGAAGAUCCAAUUUCGUGCUGGACGUGUAAAAAGAUAUUUCAAUUAUUAAAUUGCUUCUCUUGUAAAACUGCUCUUUAUUAUGUCAAUGGUACAUACAAAUCUGGAUUGAUUAGAAUAUCUUACUUGUAG